AGUGUCACUCCACACUCCUUAUUACAUAUUAAUACAUACUGACCGUGUGCUCAGCGGCCGCUGGGGGAGAUUCAUACCGGAUUAUGUGGGUUAUGGAGCCGUGCUCCCCCCUCGCUCCCCCCGGGGUGAGGAUUGUUACUGAGUCCUUGUGUUUGAAGUCUUACUGUAAAGAGAGUCUGUAAGGGCUGGGCUCCUCACUGCACCACAGACAGGUGAGUGAGGACAAGCACUGUGAGUACAGCUUGCUGGAGUGUGAGUGAGGAUCAACACAGAUAGUACAGCUUGCUGGAGUGUGCGUGAGGAUCAACACAGAGAGUACAGCUUGCUGGAGUGUGAGUGAGGAUCAACACACAGAGUACAGCUUGCUGGAGUGUGAGUGAGGAUCAACACACAGAGUACAGCUUGCUGGAGGGUGAGUGAGGAUCAACACACAGAGUACAGCUUGCUGGAGUGUGAGUGAGGAUCAACACAGAUAGUACAGCUUGCUGGAGGGUGAGUGAGGAUCAACACACAGAGUACAGCUUGCUGGAGUGUGAGUGAGGAUCAACACACAGAGUACAGCUUGCUGGAGUGUGAGUGAGGAUCAACACACAGAGUACAGCUUGCUGGAGGGUGAGUGAGGAUCAACACAGAUAGUACAGCUUGCUGGAGUGUGCGUGAGGAUCAACACAGAGAGUACAGCUUGCUGGAGUGUGAGUGAGGAUCAACACACAGAGUACAGCUUGCUGGAGUGUGAGUGAGGAUCAACACACAGAGUACAGCUUGCUGGAGGGUGAGUGAGGAUCAACACACAGAGUACAGCUUGCUGGAGUGUGAGUGAGGAUCAACACAGAUAGUACAGCUUGCUGGAGGGUGAGUGAGGAUCAACACACAGAGUACAGCUUGCUGGAGUGUGAGUGAGGAUCAACACACAGAGUACAGCUUGCUGGAGUGUGAGUGAGGAUCAACACACAGAGUACAGCUUGCUGGAGGGUGAGUGAGGAUCAACACAGAUAGUACAGCUUGCUGGAGUGUGCGUGAGGAUCAACACAGAGAGUACAGCUUGCUGGAGUGUGAGUGAGGAUCAACACACAGAGUACAGCUUGCUGGAGUGUGAGUGAGGAUCAACACACAGAGUACAGCUUGCUGGAGUGUGAGUGAGGAUCAACACACAGAGUACAGCUUGCUGGAGUGUGAGUGAGGAUCAACACACAGAGUACAGCUUGCUGGAGGGUGAGUGAGGAUCAACACACAGAGUACAGCUUGCUGGAGGGUGAGUGAGGAUCAACACACAGAGUACAGCUUGCUGGAGGGUGAGUGAGGAUCAACACACAGAGUACAGCUUGCUGGAGGGUGAGUGAGGAUCAACACACAGAUUACAGCUUGCUGGAGGGUGAGUGAGGAUCAACACACAGAGUACAGCUUGCUGGAGGGUGAGUGAGGAUCAACACACAGAUUACAGCUUGCUGGAGUGUGAGUGAGGAUCAACACAGAGAGUACAGCUUGCUGGAGUGUGAGUGAGGACCAGGACAGGGAGUACAGCUUGCUGGAGGGUGAGUGAGGACCAGGACAGGGAGUACAGCUUGCUGGAGGCCGAGUGAGGACCUGUACAAAGAGCACAGCUUGCUGGAGUGUGAGGACCAGGGCAGGGAGUACAGCUUGCUGGAGGCUGAGUGAGGACCUGUACAAAGAGCACAGCUUGCUGGAGUGUGAGGACCAGGGCAGGGAGUACAGCUUGCUGGAGGGUGAGUGAGGAUCAAUCCUGAGAGUACAGCUUCCUGGAGGGUGGGUGUGAGGACCAGGGCAGGGAGUACAGCUUGCUGGAGGGUGAGUGAGGCUCAAUCCUGAGAGUACAGCUUCCUGGAGGGUGAGUGUGAUUUUGGGAACUUUGUCAUGAGUGUGGCAAGAUGCUUUAUAGAAAUGAGUGCAGCUGACGAAGCAGGCUAUUACAGAAAGUAUAAAUGAAGAUUAUUGAAUGGGUUAUUAUAACCGGUUUGGUACCACAUUAUGUGUUAAUUUGCAGAUGGCAUUAUCCGCCCAGUACAAUUAUCUACAAAUCAGUGGUACGCAACCUUCUGCAAUCCAGAUGUUGUGGACUACAUCCCCCAUAAUGCUCUUACAGCGAUAAUGCUGGAAAGCAUUAUGGGAGAUGCAGUCCAGAACGUAUGGAGUGCCAACGGUUGCCUACUCCUGGUUUGCGUUUUAGGAUUGAGAGACAAUCCAUUUUAGUUAAGUCUAUGUCUGCCCUCAAGAUGUUGUUAAAUUUGGCAAACAACCUGUAAAAAUGAAUGCUUUCUAAAUGUUGUUGUAUUCAGAGUGUACUGUCACUACCAUAUACUUAAAUAAAUGUGGAGUUGUCUGGUUGUUGUUGGCUGGUUUGGUGACUGGAAAUAAUGAAUUCAAACAGUUGUAAAAAUUCCCAUCAACGUAUUAAUGCUUUAUUGCUCAAUAUCUGUCCCACCGCUCAGCACUGAAACACUUCCUGUUCUGUGUACUGAGUGCUAUAAGUGCUUCUUUCCUGUUGUAAGAGAUUACCUAAACGUGGCACAUUACUAAACAAGAGCAGAGACGGGAGAAUACUUUAAUGUUAACCUCCUCGUGUGGCACAGAAACUUGUUUAAAGUCAACAAUUUCUAUGGCAGACAGGUAGAAUAUUUUGACUGUCAUACCGUAAGUCUAUUAAUUUAGAAAUACAUAUCCAUUGCUUAUUUCUAAAUUUGUAUCCAUGGCUCGUUAAGCUUUAUGAUGCGCAAUCUUGAAACUGUAUCUGCCUUUAAAAAGAUUGUUAAGAUUUUCAAUCAUUUUCCUAGGGACCAUUGUGGAUGAAUGAUGCAGUCAAUGAAUGACACUAGACGAACCCAACAGUAAGACUUUUUGUGCCCGACGUUGAAGUAGGGGAUAAAUUGACUUUGCUGCCGAGCCAUGGCGUGCGGAGGCGAAUUGCAAGGCGUUGAUAUGAACUCCAUACCUCUUGUUGCCCUAAAUUAUUCUGUGAGGCAGCGACUGUCUUUGUAUCUCAAUCCGGGGACUGUGGUGGCUUCAGACUGGACUCAGUUAGCUGAGGAGAUGAAUUAUGACUAUCUAGAAAUACGUAACUUCGAGAGAUCAAAGAACCCGACCCUGACGUUGCUGGAGGAUUGGGAGAAACGGUGCUUCCGUGCCACAGUUGGAGGACUUCUGGAAAUGCUGAAAAAAAUUGAAAGGAAUGAUAUUCUCACAGACCUUGCGUCAUUAAUCGGUAAGUAAACCAUCAACAUUUUAUUGAGUGCUGUAUAAGAAAAUGGGUUCUUUGAAAAUUCUACUGUGUGCAGCUGCAGAUCCAGAAUAAGUGAAGUGUUAUUCCUUUUCAUCUUUUGAAGUCCACUCGAUCCAUCCACUAGCCAUUCAUUAACUGAGAGCAUCACCUGGCCCCCCCCCCAAGGCUUUCCACUGCCGGCUGAUCUCCCUCCCCGUUCCACAGGCACCGUGCAGCCAGUCGGCAGGGGAGGAAGAGAGGACCUGGGGCAACGCUCCGGCUCUCACGAGGGUGAACUCUAGCCCUGGAGCUACGGGCUAGAGUUUACUUUCACCACUUCCUGGUGGUCCCAGUAGUAGGAGUGAACUCUUGUCCCAUACACACACUGCCCCACACACACCAUACACAUUCACACACUGCCCCCACACACACACCAUACACAUUCACACACUGCCCACCCACACACUGAACCUUUCACACACAUUGCACCACUGCUCCUAUACCCUACUACAGCCCCAUAUCCCAGCAGACUCCAGGUAAGUUGUCAAACUGUUCUUAAAUGGUUUGACGACUUACUCUGGGAGGGGGUGCCGACGCUCCUGGCACCAUAACCACUACACAGAGGAGUAGUGGUUAUUGUGCAUGGAAUAUUUCUUUAAAUAAUCUACAAGUGCCCCUCUCAGGCUCAGGCUCUGGAUCCGCCACUAGUAUAUGACAUGUAUAUUAAUGUGUGUAUUAGUUAGUAUAUAUAUAUAUAUAUAUAUAUAUAUAUAUAUAUAUAUAUAUAUAUAUAUAUAUAUAUAUAUAUAUAUAUAUAUAUAUAUAUAUAUAUAUAUAAAUAUCUCUUAUAUUUACACAUACUAAUGUACAUUUAUAAAUGCAUAAUACACAGAGAAAUUUCAUUAAUAUGUACCAUAUGUAAUGAACAGAUAUUGGCCCAGUCUUGUUGCUAGGUGCAUACUCCAGCACAAUAACAUAUUUAAAGUGAAGAGCGCAGCCACAGGACUUCAAAAUAAACAUUUUUUACAGUUGUGCCCUACAUACAUUCACCAUUUCAGUCCCAUUAACAAGCUUUCCUUAAUAUGUCAAGGUAGUGGGACUGAAACAUUGAUUACAUGCAAAGGCACGUCUGCUUAAAAUAAAUCUGCACUUUUGUUUAUUUUAAAGCCUAUGAGUGCGCUUUUUACGGUGAAGUACUUUUUAAUUUCAAGUUAUCUGUUCUAACUCUGUAUCUGCACACUAUGCUGGCGCGACGCAUUAUGGGGCUGGUAAAUAUUUUUUUUCCAGGGCUGCUUUUAAUUCCCAGUCCGGCCCUGCCUACUGACUGAGCUUAGUGGGAGUUGCACUCCUUGGAAACCUUUACUAGAGACAGCCAAUUACCAUUCAUACUCUUCUGAUAAUGAAAUUCAGGGGAAUAAGCUGGGGAGACAGAGAAAAUUAUAUUUUUGUCUCCCCAGCACUUUUCCCUACAUGUCACACGUCCGGAGAUGAGCUGAGUUUGCUGGUGAUACCCUAAGUUUCAAAGACCCCUAGCCUUAAUUUGAAAAAUAAUCAUGUAAUAUGCGUAAUGAUGAAUGAAGCAUGUGUUGGGGUCAAAUAAUGUCGUCAUCAUCGAGCGCUCCUGGAGACCCAACUUGGAUAAUAUAUAUGACAUAUGCCUAUUCCUGCAGGGACACUAUAUUCACCAAAACAACUACAGCUUAUUGUAUUUGUUCUGGUAAGUAGAAUCAUUCCCUUCUGACUUUUUGCAGUAAACACUGUCUUUUCAGAGAAAAUGCAGUGUUUACAUUACAGCUUAGGGACACCUCUGGUGCAUUCUGGGGCAGUGCUGCACAGUGUGACUGACAUUCACCAUGGAGACGCUGAAUUUUCCUCAUAGAGAGGCAUUGAUUCAAUUAAUCUCUAUGAGGAGAUGCUGAUUGGCCAGGUUGACAUUUGCCCCUAUAGAAAGGCAUUGGAGUGGCUGAGAUGAUCAAUUCUGAUGAUGUUAGCGAAGGAGGUGAAUCGGGGGUGGGACCAGUGGAAAAUUAAAAUUUUGAGCGGUGAUCCUAUUUUCCAAUGCAGUACUAAAUGGUGCAUGAUGUCAUACUUGCAGGGUUUGACUGACACAAUGGCCACUAACUUCAUGGCAGCUUCCCUGGAAGCCUAAGAAUAGUGGGAGUUGCACUUCUUAGUUAGUGAAGUAUAUGUUGUGAGAGGAGCGGAGGAGACAGAAGUGGUACAUUUCUACUCUGCUGCGCUCUCAAAAUAUAUUUAUCAGGUGAGGGUGGCAGCUUUCAAUAGUUAUUUCUCUCCGGAAGUAUAACUCACACUAGUCUCAGACAGGCUGCAAUCUCUAUGUCGCACUGCUGCGCUUAAUCUACAGGAGCCCUAAUCCUAAAAUAGCUAACACUAUAGUGGUUAUGGUACCCCGAUGUCCCUGGUUCCCAGUGAACAAACUGAGUGUCCGUCAGGCAGGCCUUUUUCUCAGCGUAUUGCGAUGUUGAAUGAACUUGCAAUGCUUAUGCAGAAGUGUAGCUUGCACAGUCGCAAUAUGUUGAGAGAGAGAGGCCCUUGGUUUGCGUCAAACUGCUCGAAAGUCCACCAGAUGGGCCCCAGAUGGGCCCCAGGUCAUGCUGGGACCAUAACCACUACAGCAGACUGCAGUGGUGGCAGUACUUUUAAUGCUGUUUUUAAAAAAAACUGUGGAGAGAACUUUGAGAAAGAGAUUCUGCACACAGACAGACCAUAAAGUAAAAAAUAUUGUUCUGUUAUCAUGCAAACACUUUAACUUCUGCUUUGCAGAAAACUACACAUACUGGUUUUGUAACAUUUCAUUGCUUUUUUUUUUUUUCUGGCCAUGUAUUUCCUGCGUAAAUGUAUGUGUUUAUACACACUCUCACACACUGUUAGACGCUCCAUGCGCCUUCCAUGCAUCCUCAUUGGCCAGUUGUACAAUCUGAGUUGUGACUAUACACAAUUCCUGCCAUUUAUCCCUAGCUGAGACCAGUGAACGUGGUCUUCUUUGUCAAAGAAUAAAAUACCUGUCUGCCGUCUUUAAUUUCCCAUCGUGCUAUCGGAUAUAAACCACUCUCUCAUACUAAUUCAAACCGCCUUGGCUGUCCAUGCACCUUGUACUACCUGAGAUAAUGAGGAUUGAUGUGAGGACUAUGUUUGUGUUAUUUUGGCAAGCAUUUUCAAAGGGUUUUUCACCAACGUGAAAAUUAAAAGUGAAUUUUACGUUUUUAAGGUCAAUAUAGCUGAACUGGAAGAAUUCUCCAAGCCAGCUGUGCUUUCAGCUUGGCUACUCUGGCCUUAAAAUUUUAAUUCACUUUGAAUUCUCACUGUAAUAAAUAGUCCUGAUCGUAUAUUUAGGUCUCUAAAUAAAACGGUUGUACUCAGUGUUUCUCAUGAGCUCCCUUAUCAGACCUUCAGUGCCAGGAUUAUAUCAUGUGUAUGUUUUUAUUUUUCUGUGUCUUGUGGUUACACACAGUUUUGAUGAAAUAGCUCAAAUAUUGGCCACGAUAAAAUAAAACCUCAGCAAGUGUGGUGCUAAGUGCUUCGUAUGAGCAAACCGCUGCAGCAUUCCAUUGGUUUCUAUGGAGACUGCACAGGAUAUUGCACCUUAUCUUAGAAACUCUUUACUUUGAUGCACAGUUGAGGAUUUAUAUCAAUUUGCAGGUAACACAGAGAUACCACAUGUUCUAUAGUAAACGUUUGACAUUAACAUUGACUUCUGAUUGACUGGAACACGAAAUCUUACCAUUAAACCAUUUAUUUUUCCGUUUUAGAGGCGGACUGUGUGAAGUACCUGCAGAAACAGCGAGAGUUAAGUCUCCCACCUCCUGUACAGGAUGAGACCGUGGACAGCAGUCAGUCACUUGGAAUCACAAUAAGUGAUGAUCCUACUGGUAAGGGAAGGGGUGGGGGUCCCUUAUUUUCAAAAUACAAUGUGAAUAGAACUGUUAUAUUGUUGAGUAAAAGUCACAACCAAUGUGUUAUAAGGAAAUGUGAGGUGAAUUACCGUAGGCAGGGAGGUGGGCUACCAUAGAUUGGAAGGUGGGCUACAGUAGGAUAAAGAGGGUCGAUAUGACAAAUAAAGGCUGCAGGAAAUGAAGCAGAAUAGAUCCAUCCUGCAUUGUGUGGAGUUGAGGAAAUAAAAAUGUAUAUUAAGACUUACCGUGAGUGUAAAAUUAAAAUUGUUCUCCUUUGAUUAAGUGCAAGUCUGUAUUUUGUUUGUGCUGAGCAAAUAGGGGAUGGGUCAGCUUUGCUGCAGACAUACCUUCUAUAGUUAAGGAAAUCUAUGAUUUUUAGGGAUCCUGUGUAUCUAAAUUUUCUUGAUUAUAGCAUAGGUGCGCUGAAUCUUUUGGAACUUUUAUAAGUAAACAAAUAAUAUAUAGUUACUAUAUUUUCUCAAUGAGUAGGAAUCAUUUAUACUGAAUCUACACCUCUCCCUGCUGUGUAUAUAAAAUGUUUGGUCAAAGGAGGCCAUUCGCAUCAUGUGGCGGGUGGGCCCUUCUCAUUGAGCUGCAUUAGGAGAUCUGUGAUUGGAAAGCCACACACUGAAUCCCCUCUAUAAGAGCAUUGUGGAGGGUUAACUGCUAAGUGACUUUGUUUAAUGGUUGUUUUAUUUUUCUGAUCACUAACAGGCCAGAUACCCGAGCUGUUUGAUGCUUUUAUCUGUUACUGCGCCAAAGACCUCUCAUUUGUGCAGGAGAUGAUAACGCGGCUGGAGCAGACUGAUCAUAAACUUAAGCUCUGUGUGUUCGAUCGCGAUGUCCUCCCAGGAACAUGUUUAUGGUCCAUAACCAGCGAACUUAUUGAAAAAAGGUAAAAUACACUGGUUUAUGGCCCUAAAUACAACCUUUAGCAACUUGCUGUAUAGGAUUAUAGUCCUGCAGACAUUUUUAAACCACAAAACCAUAAAUCUCAUUAUAAUGUCUCUGGAACCUGUUAAAUUAGCGUUCUAACCCUGCAAUAUGCUAUAUUAUAUAUGUAUUCUGUCUUGCUAAUUUUCUCUCUUCUGUGGCUUGUAGGUGUAGGAAGAUGGUGGUUAUAAUAUCGGACGAUUACUUGGACAGCAAAGAAUGUGAUUUUCAGACCAAAUUUGCACUGAGUCUUGGUCCCGGUAUGUUCACUUGGCAAAAGAAUUGUUAUCCAUAUACACAAUGUGCAUUCAAAACUCAUUAAAGGGGUACUACUUAUCACUGUGGCUUUUCCUCCACCACCUAAGAAAUACUGCAGUGCCACUCAUGCAUACUGCGUCAUUUCAUGACAAUGCACAUACAAGCAUGUUCGCUAAUUCUUGUAUAAAAAGCUAGGUGAUGAGAGGGAUUGGUUGAGAGAUUUUAGACAAUUCCUGGUUUCUGUGAGAAUCAGUAGAGGCUGAUAUAGAUCCUGGAAAACCUGUCGAGAGAGCAUUAAUUGUGAUAAAGAAACCUCUUUAAUAAUAUGUUUAAAUAAAUUAUGAAGUAGAUGGUAUGCUUUGACUUAAAGGGACAUUCUGAACCCCUAAAGCACGUUGGCGUGCUGAAAUGCUUUGUGUCGAUUGUGUGCCCUUGUUUUUCAUUUUAUAAAAAGUGGUGAUUUCAAUUGAAAUUGGCACUUUUUAAAUGAACAUUGUAACACCCCCUCCCUCCCCCCCUCACUGUCAAUCAGACAACAGGUCCUGUGGGGGAAGGAACAUCCAGAAAUUGAUACUUUUAUAAAGUAAAGUAGUUAUGCCUCUGAGCUGUCAAUCAGAUGACCAUUCCUGUUACUUCCUGGUUUGUUUAGCUCAGGGGAGAUAAACUCAAGAGGCAGCAAUUGCCCAGAGCACCUACCUUGCAAAAACUUCUCAUUGAGCUGAAUUUGGAAGUCUGUGAUUGGACAACCACCAACAUGGUUUCAAUAAACAUUUAUCUACUAAAUAGUGAUUUUUAUUUUAUUUGGGCAGUGGAGUGUCCCUUUAAACAUAUGCAUCUGUAAAAAAUCUGGUAGUAAAUGAUAAGUUGGUAAAUGUUACAUUUUUAUUUUUAACUUUUCUUUAGGUGCCCGUGAGAAACGCCUGAUUCCGGUGAAAUAUAAACCGAUGAAGAGGCAAUAUCCCAGCAUUCUGAGUUUCAUCACCGUGUGUGACUAUACCAAUCCCUGCACACAGGUCUGGUUCUGGCAGAGACUCGCUAAGGCUCUCAAAAACUAAUCUACAGGAUUGACUUUUCAUUGCUGCAAGGGAGUCAUGUCGUGAUCCUUGACAUUAAGAGAAAAUAUAUUUUUAUUUGUUCCACAAACUUCUUCCACCGAAAGGCCACUAUUUUGAUAUGAUUACAUAUUUUUUUUUUACACCAGAGUUUAUUAAUCAAAUGAAUUGCAAUGUCUGAUGUUGACAACUCCAGGCGAUGGUACACCAGACCAGUGUAGAUGUAAUUUCUUAUGAUGCUUCGGAAGAUGGCCAAACAUCAUGGUUAAUGUAGUUUACAACCAUCUGGGAAAUCUCUCUUCUAGGUGAAUAAUCUAUGUCUGUCUUUUUCUCUUAGAACCUUGAUACUCUGGUUUAAAUGUAAAGGUUCUGUGUGUGCAAACAGCUCACAUUGGUAAAUUCUUUCCUGCUAGAAGGCUGUUCAGACAAAGCCGGCUAAACUGUUGUCUGAGCAAUUUAAAGGUGCUUCGUUCUACUUGUUGUGAUAACUAGGAAUUUAUUCACUAAACAGUGACAUGAAAAGGGAAAUUCAACUUUUUAUUCUAAAGAAGCUGAGCUGGUAAAAAAAACAAAACUCUAACAAAGCCUGUGUUCCAACAUUGUUUGUUUGUCCUAAAAGAUUCAAUUCCUUGGUGAAUUCCCCACAGUACACGGUUAAAUGAAUACAGCCCAUGGCAGUAUGAGUAUCAGUGUCAAGUGAUAUAUAAUCGAUUUCUCUUCCCUUAAUUUAAAGAUGCAACGACUUUUAACAUUGCCAGCAUGGUACUUUAUUUGUAACUUUAAAAAAAAAAAAAAAGUUUUGUUUUUUUUCCCUCUUAAAACAGAUAAUGUUAAAAAAAAAAACACAUGCAAUAUCACCAGUCACAAAUUGUUCACAGAAAUUUGAAUUUCUGUCAUAUUUUAUAUUGGAAGUAUAUAUUUUUGAAACCGUUUCCAUGCAUUUUACCUAAGUGGGUAAUGGGUAACACUGUCUGGUAACAUUUCGCACCAUUUCCCACAGAUCGUCUUGGCUGCUUGUUGACAGUUUGUCUAUUUAAAAAAAAUAAAAAAAAAUAAAAAUUACAAUUCUCGAUAUAGUAUACAAAUGUUACAUUGUUUUAAGAGUUGAGGUGUUGGGUAUUCAGUACUGUGUCCAUUGUGCCAUAAUGACGUAGUCUAAAUAAGGUCAAUUUCUUUGCUUAACCAGUUACCCUAGUUAGAAUGCUUGGGUACUUAGAAAUAAAAUUAUUCCCAAAGCAAUUAAUGUAAUGUAAUGUAAAGUCAUGUGCAAGUCUGUUUUUGGAGCAGACAGAUUAAUCUGUACAAACUUAAAAUCUCCUGACGGGUAAAUAUUUUAUGUAAUGUAAAUGUGAUUAGGAUUUGGGACUUGUAACAUGUACCAAUCUAUACUUUUAUAUUUUCAAUAUUUUAACAGAAAUGUAUAAAACAAAGUACUGUACUUAUUUAACUUUUAUCUCUGCCGUAUGUGUUCCCAAACUUCACAAUUUAAGUUCUGUUCAUUGAAUUCCAGAUUGUUUUGUUAGAAGUCUAUGGAGGGGAAUAUUAUUAAAGGAUCACUAAAGGCACACGUAACCACUUCAUCUUUAAACCCUAUGCAAAAAAAAAUUAAAAAAUUAGCAGUUUUGUAGAAAUUUUGACAUUUCCCUUACAGACUCAAAACAAUUCUAGUUCCUGUCUUUCUAAUGGCCACUAUAGGUGCUUCCCUGUGAGAACCUAGUCAAACUCUGUUCUCAAUCAAUAAGCUGUUAACAGCGAGCAUUUGAUUGGCACAAGUGCACUAGUUACAUAGUUACACAGUGGAAAAGAGACUUGCGUCCAUCAAAUUCUGCCUUUCUCACAUAUGUUUUUGCCGUUGAUUCAAAAUAAGGCAAAAACCCAGUCUGUAGCGCUUCCAAUUUUGCAACAAACUAGGAAAAAUUUCCUUCUUGACCCCAAAAUGGCAGUCGGAUAUCGCCUUGGAUCAAGCAGCAAGCUUCCCAGUGUUUUCCUUUGAUUAUCUCAGCCAAUGCAAUGCUGCCCCAAUCUUAAUGAUCUCAGUCAGGGAGAUGAAGCGGCCAUUUUGAGGCUAGCGCAGUAAGAGCGAAAAGCUAAGUAAAUGGUUUUUGUUUUCUUUAAUGGGUCAUAGCAUCAACUUCAAAUCUAUUACCUCUGAACAGCUUCUGAUUGGAUACCACAAAUGUAUCCAUUUGAAGCAGCUAUUCUUAUUUACAAAGUGUCUUUGGAGGGAAUUAUUUACUAAAUUAAACUUUAAACAGGCUUUGGAAGGCUGGAAGUUUUGGAACUACCAUUCCAGGGUGCCGCGGGUGGUGUUACGGCUCCAGGACUAAAACUAAAUAUAGCUAUAUAGGCAGCGUUUCAUACUGAAACACAGCACUUACAAACUCCAAGCACCAUAACCACUGCAACACACUGGAGUGGUCAUGGUGCUCUGAUUAACUCAUUUCAUUUCUGUGAAUUUGUGCUUGCGCAUUGUGUGGCCCAUAUUCUGCAACUGUAAUCAUUGUAUUCAUCCUCUAUAAACUGUGUGGACGUAAAUACAACAAGGCGGAUUUAACAAAGUAUAAAGCUUAAAGGAAACACGCUUUUAACAGAGUUAUGUAGGGCUAGUACGUUUUUACACUGCAGAUGCUGGAAGUAAAAUUGCAGUAGAAGCAGAUCCCUUCCCCGACAAAUAACUCUAUUUAGCAAAGUCAGCCUUGAUACCAUCUGCUAAUUUAUAUCCAUCCACGCGUUUCAUUCAUUGAUGCUGAUUUGUUUUCAUUAUAUCUAAUUGAAUGUUCCCAAGAUAAGAAAUAUGAAUAUACUGGGUCAGUGUCUUGUGUUUAAUCAAUGCUCUCAAACAAGAGUACGAGAAACAACCAGAUCUGAAUCCCCGGCAUGUGUCAAAACAUACAGAGCAAGGGUCACAUUCGUUGGGAACCAGGAUACAUUCGGUACCAGCAGCAACUAGGAAACUCUUUAGUAUAAUCUAUAACAUCUCGAAAGAUCAGUCAAUACAAUUCAUUAACUGCACCGGCAAAUUAAGAAAAUGAAUGUGAUGUAUAGAUCUUUUUGUAAGGCAUCUGUAUAACUUAAAAAAAAUUCUUAUAAUUUUAGGAUAUUAUUAUUAUUGCCAUUUAUAUAGCGCCAACAGAUUCCGUAGCGCUUUACAAUAUUAUAAGAGGGGGAUUUAACUAUAAGUCGGACAAUUACAAAAAUCUUACGGGAACAAUAGGUUGGACCGGGAAAAACACUCUUUUUAUUAAUAUACUUUUGACUUGUAAAGCCACAGUCAAAAGUUUGCCACAGGCAGGCCCCUAGAGGGUGUGAGAGUAGCCGGGCCGGUAAUAUCCAUCGUAACCAAAGGACAGCACAAAAGUGCCAUAAGGCUUCAUGUUUGCUGCGGUGAAGCAAUGUUGAGAUGUGCUGGAAGUAUUGACAGGAUGCACAGAAAUGCAAAGUCUGCGUAAGUUUCCACUCUGCGUGUUUUUUGGAAAAAGUUAUGUGUCCAAAGUUAUAAUGUAUUUACAAAUAUUACAUAUCUUUAUUCUAAAAUGUAGGGGGGGAAGUUAACUGUUAAAAUGUAACUUCUGCACCAGAUCUUAGUCUUACGUAAGUAUCAGCUUUAGAACAGUCAGCUCUGACUAU